AGUUCUGUGUGCCGAUCGAAUCACACACAUCUCCUCAGUUGUGCUCAAGCUUUGGGAAAAAAAAUCCAUACAAUCGCUUUUCAACAUAUUAGUUCUAUCGUUGACAUCGUUUGUGUCGACACAUAACGCAUUUUUGCCGCAAAUUUUUCUGCAAGUUUUUUUUUUGCUUUUAAUUUUAAUUUUUUUUUCUCUUAUUGGCUUCGCAACGUGCAAUUGUAUAUCAUCAGAAUUUGGCUAAAACAAACCAAAAAAAACAGAGAACUAAGAAAAAAAAAAUUUAGUUAUCGCUUCAAUUCAAAAAGACAGACUUUAUUACGUGAUACAUGAGACAAACCUUUGAGCUGACUUGAAUUUCGAUCGAGAAAAAGAAAAAUUUGAAUUUAGUGCAAGUGUUUUGCAGCCAUCGCUGUACAUAAUCAAAUGUGUGAAUAGGAAAUUUGCAUUUUGUGACGUACAUUCCUAAUUCCAUUCUAUUGAAUUUGUAAUUAAGUGUGAAUAGAAAGCCAGCGAUCGAGAGAAAGAACAAGAACGAAUUUGAUAGUUGAUGGGCUGGCAAUUUUGUGACUUGACGACAAUAACACAAGGAAUAAAUAGUAAAAGCGAAUCGAAUACACAACGAAUUGACGUGCGUGAAAGUGUAACAGCAAAACGUUCGCAUCGACAAACGCUCAAAUCAUCUGGAAGAGGUGAAUUUAAAAAAAAAAAACAAACACACACGAACAAUUUCGAGAAUUUAAUAUUAUUUGUGUGUUGUUGUUACGUACACAAUCGUAAUUAAUCAAUAUGCCUUUGACAAUGCCACAAUCGGCACUGACAACAUCAGCACAAUCGCCGUCUGAGUCAAUGAAUUCACAUGAAAGCGCGUUCGUUCAACAGUCAGUUACAUCGACGGCAAUCAGUCCGAUAUCAUCGACAACGACAACAACCCCAACAGCAUCAGCAGCAUCAGCAGUAGCAGUAAAUCCAACGGCAAUGUCAUCGCUUCAACCAUCCGGACUAUUCGAUCAUUAUCGCUUUCAAUUGUACAAUUAUGCAAUGGCCGAACGAUUACGAUGUGCACAAUAUUCACAGCCAAUGCCACAAAUCUGUUCGAGUUAUCCGGCUGCAGCGGCAGCAGCUCUCAUGGGCCCAUACGGACCACGUUUAGCAUUGUCGAUGUCAUUGUUCCACAAUCGCGUCUUUCAACCGGAAGAACCGAAGCCACAGCACAGUUACAUCGGUUUGAUUGCGAUCGCUAUUUUAAAUUCGGCGGAAUGUAAGCUCGUGCUAUCGGAUAUUUAUCAGUACAUACUAGACAAUUAUGCAUACUUUCGAUCCCGUGGACCCGGCUGGCGCAAUAGUAUCCGUCAUAAUUUAUCGCUGAACGAUUGUUUUGUGAAAGCUGGUCGCAGUGCCAACGGCAAGGGUCAUUAUUGGGCCAUUCAUCCGGCCAAUCUGGAGGAUUUUAAAAGAGGUGAUUUUCGACGACGCAAAGCUCAACGAAAAGUUCGCAAACAUAUGGGUCUAGCGGUUGAUGAUGAUGGCACCGAUUCACCAAGUCCACCACCAUUGUCGAUCACACCGCCACCCAUUUCGACGGCAUUGCAAUGGAUGAAUGCAAUCGGUAAUCAUCAUGGCAUGUUUCAACCGGGAAUUCCCGAUCAAAAUCGCAUUGGGCCCAUACAUCAUCAUCCACAUCAUACGCAACAUCAUAUAACGGCCACAACAAAAGUCUUUUCAACCGUGUCGCAUCAUCGUUCAUCGGCACGCAAGCGACAAUUUGAUGUUGCCUCAUUGCUGGCACCCGACAAUCAUGACAUUGACGAAAAACCAAUUCGCACCAAAAUUCAAAUCCAACAAACAACGCAUUGUGAUAUCGAGGAAGAGAUUGAUGUGGAGGAGAGCGAAGAAAGUGAUAAUAAUAAUCAUCGCAGCAUUUUUGAUGCCGAACAUUUUCAUAGGCAGCAUAAAUUACGGCUAUUUGUCGACGAUGAAAUUACCAAGUCUGACAUAAAUCAACGACGAUCCAGCGAAGAAACCACCGUCACCACCGAUUUGACCGAAUACAAUGAAACAAUGCAAGACGAUCAAACGAUGAAAACGAGUAAAAAAUGCGCACAAUAUAAUGUGUGCGAAAUGGAAGAUGAUUCCGUCCAUCUGCCAUACAAUGCGAUGAACGAUGACAACAAUUUGGAAAUGCCACCGAAAAUUCGACAACAUUUAGAAUUGGCCAAUGCAGCCGUCACUGCGCCAUCCAUUGAUCCACGCAUUUUGGUUAGCCGCUACUAUGGACAUCGCAUUGCAGCGGUCAAUUCACAACAAUACAAUAAUGCACACUGAAGAAUGAAAAACAAGAAGAACGCAGUGCAGACAUUCCUUUUGGCACAUUAUCAUGUGAAACCUAUUUCGUAAAUGAAUUUCAAAACAAAAUAUAUUUGGCUGUCACACUAUAUGAAACACCUCAACAACAACAACAACAACAACAACAACAACAUAAAUACAAGAAUCAUGGAUAUCAACCGAAUCCAAAAUCAGGUCUAAUUUAGUUUAGGAAACGGUAAUCGAAUUGUGCUGAUCGUAGUACUAAUGGUCUAACUAACGACUGGAACGAUAAUUAAGGUAUCACACAUUUUCUCAUUUAUUUGAUUCACUUAUGUUCGGUUUAUCUUUUUUUUUUUAAUUUCGUACCUACCAUCAAGAAAAUUCUAUUGUUCAGUUAAGAAUUCGUCUUUAUUUUCGAUACGAUCGAAACUGAGGUUGUGUUUGUUGUGGGUGGAAUAAAGAAAAAAAUUGGACCACAAAUGUAUCAAAUCCUAAUAAUUUGGCAUAACCCAUCUUCAUUUCGAUCGACAUUUCACUAAACAAGAAAAUCACUUUUCAUUUUUUUUUGUCAUUCCGUGUAAAAAUCAUUGCAUUUAAUGAAAUUUAGUGUUUUAAUCAUUGAAUGCUCGAAAGAACGAAACAUUUUUUUGUGAAAUCCUCCAGAGAUCCAGUAGAAUUUACAAAUGAAAGGAAAAAAUAUCAAAAAAUUAUACAAAAAAAAAAUUCAAUGUUUAUGUAAGAAAGUACAGUCGAUGUAAGUGCUUAAUCAUGUAAUUAAAAGAAAUGGAAACAUUCUGAAAAAAUCUCCAGAAAAAAAAACAGAGAUACAAAUUCGUUGCUAUGAAAAAAAAAACACUUGUGUCAACCUUGGAAUCGUUCAUGAUAUGAAAUCCAAUAGUUUGUUAAGAGAAAAUUUUAAACAAAAACAACAGAAAAUUUGAAAUUAAACAAUAAAUAAAA